UCCCGUGGCCCCGCCGUAACAGCCGCCGCCGCCGCCUGCCGGCAUGGCGCUUCCGGAACUGCUCUCGCGCCUGCGCCUCGCACCUCUCCGCCAUCACCUGCGUCGCUCUCUCUCCGCCGCCGCCCCUCCGCCAGACGAGCAUCCUCCCGCGCCGCCACAACCGCCCUCAAACCCCAAGCUCUUCGUCGCCGGGUUGUCGUGGUCCGCGGACGAGCGGUCGCUGACGGACGCCUUCUCCUCGUUCGGCACCGUCACCGAAGAUGGUGCGCAUGGUAGGUGUUCGACGAAACGUCUGCAAGGCGCUGGACGUCUUGGUUCCACCCAGGCUCGCGAACCGUUCGACAGAAUGCCUGUUAGGGACGUGGUCACCUGCUCGUCCGCGAUCUACCAAAGUGCGAGGAGGGGGUCGUUCGGCGAGGCGGUUGAGCUGUUUGUCAGUAUGGUGAGGGCAGGAGUGUGCCCAAACUCGUUCACCUUGGUUGGUGCAUCGCUUGCAGCGGCUGGGCUGGGUGACACCGUGCUCACCGAGUGCCUCCAUGGUUGGGCUGUCAGGUGUCGGUUGGAUUCCAAUCCUUUUGUUCGAACCGCGCUGCUUGAUUCAUAUGCCAAAUGUGGCUGCCCCAUUAAGGCGCGGGCUUUGUUUAGUGAAAUGAGGGAUCCAGGUAUAGUUACCUGGAAUGCGAUGAUCUCCGGGUUAGUACACAAUGAUUUGUUCGAGGAGGCAUUUUUGGUGUUUAAAGGGUUGCUUCGCACCUUGGGGCCAGUUCGUAAUGUUGUGACUAUGAUUAGCACUGCACAAGCUUGUGCUGGUUGCGGCGACGUUGGACUGUGUGGGGCAGCACAUGGUUACGCGGUCAAGAUGGGGCUUGAUUUGGAUGUAGCAGUGGCAAACUCGAUACUGGGCAUGUACUUGAGUUUUGCCAGUCUUGAGAUUGGAAGAGAGAUUUUCAGGAAGAUUCCUGUCAGCAAUGUUGUUAGUUGGACGAUGAUGAUGGGUUCCCUUCUUGAGAAAGGCCAUGCUGGUGAAGUUAUUUCUAUGUUUGUCAAGAUGAGGUCAAAUGGUAUAGUGCCUGACAUGGUAGCAAUGGUUAGUUUGGUUCAAGCUUCUGCACUUAUGGGUGAUGGAAGGAGAGGAAAGUUGGUCCAUAACCAUAUUGUAAUCCGUGGGUUCAGUAGAGAGCUUCCUGCCGUAAAUUCUUUAAUCACAAUGUACUCCAAAUGUGAUGAAUUAAGUUCUGCAAGAAAGUUGUUUGAUGGCACAAGGGAUAAGAGCUUGGUCUCAUGGACUGCAAUGGUGGCAGGGUGUGUAGAAAAUGGAAAUGCCCUAGAAGGAUUGAAUCUCUUUGCUAAGAUGAGACGUGAAGGCUUGUUUGUGAUUGAUUCUGUAACAUUAGUCACCUUACUGCUUGCCUGCUAUGUGAUUGCUAAGGUGGACCUCUGUGUUCAGCUUCAUGGGUAUAGUUACAAGUCAGGUUUGUAUCUGUACAAACCUGUUCGUAAUACCCUUAUGGCAGUUUAUGGUAAGUGUGGAGAUGUGAAUCUAGCCCAAAAACUGUUUGAUGAGAUGAUUUGUCGAGACACCGUCUCGUGGAAUACUAUGAUAUUAUCCUAUGGUGUAAGCGGCCAUGGAGAGGAAGCGAUGGCACUUUUUAAUGAGAUGGAGAAAUCUAGCGAGGCUCGAGACAGUGUAACAUACUUGAAUACAUUGCUAGCAUGCAGCCAUUCUGGACUUGUGGAUGAUGGGUUGACCAUCUUUAGAAAAAUGAUUAACGAGAAUGGCAUAAAUCCAUGUCAGGAGCACAUUGGUUGCAUCGUGGAUAUGUUGGCAAGAGCUGGCCGCUUGGACGAAGCAGCAGGAGUGGCUAGUUUGACUGACAAUAAACUGGGACCAAAUGCUUGGAAGGCUUUGAUGGGAGGGGGUCAUUUGCACAGUAACAUGGCAUUCACUAAGGCUGCUGCAGAGAAGGUGCUUACAACGGAAUCAUUUGAUUAUGGACAUGUGGUGUUACUUUCUAACACUUAUGCAUCACUUGGAAAAUAUAGCGCUGCCGAAUCUAUCAGAUCUUGCUAUACAAAACGGAUUGGAAAUAAAACUCUGGGGCUUAGUUCUAUUUAGGCCAUGCCAUGCAGUGCAACAUAGUUGAACUGUGUACUUCCCUGGGGAAGGGUAAGGAUGCAUCACAGAGGGACUACCAAAGUCUUAAGGUAUUGGAAUCUAUUUUCGGCAUGAGCGAUGGAAUUUCACUUUGCCAAACGGUUAAGACUAUUGUGAACAAUGGAUGAGCAUCG